AUGUAUGUAAAGCUCCUCGUAUGGCUCACUGUCUUGCUAGACAGCUGCUGUUUUGGAGUGGUUGCAUCUGUGGACCAGCGAUGUUAUACAUUUGCAUAUAACGACUCAUCCUGCCCGGAGUCUUGGCAUUACUGGGGAAACUCAUGCUACAAGAUCACUGAGACGAGAUUUAGUUGGGAAGAUGCUAAAGACGAGUGUAGAAACCCGGGUGGUGUUCUGGCUACACCAAGCUCUGAUCAAGAAAACGAGUUUAUAACACAGUUAUUAGCUGAUGGUAUGGUAUGGAUCGACUGCAAUGAUAAAGACGUGGAGGGGACAUGGGAGUGCAGAGAGGGCAACGCGGAGGUCGCUUACAGAAACUGGUAUGAUGGAGAACCGAAUAAUGGCGCAGGAGGCGGAGAUGAAGAUUGUGCGGUCGUGUCUAUAUGGAACAACAAGCGUCAAUGGCAUGAUCUGAGUUGCAUCCACAGAUUAGAGAGAGCUGUUUGCAAAAUGGCAGGAAGACAAGUCCUUCACGUGUGA